AUGUCAGAGCCCAGCGAGAACCAGCCCGCCGGCGUCAAGCGCAAGAUCGACGACAUGGUCUGCGCCUCUGACCGCGUCGAGGAGAUGGGAAAGGCUUUCAAGAGGAUCAAGGCUGAGGUGGACAACGUUGCUGAAAUUGCUGUCUCUUUUGUGGAUGCCAUGGAGCUUUGCCUGGAGGACAUCAAGAAGAAAAACACCGAUCCGCUUGAUUGCGAAACUGGUAUCUCUAAGCCCGCUGAAGAAGCAAUCACUUGCGCCGAACUCAAGGUCGAGAGUGAAAAUGUCACUUCUCCCGCUCCUGCUGACCGUGUCGUAAUUGAAAUCUCCGAUUCUGAAACUGAUAAUGAAGAUGGAAAUGGCAAGCGGAACCACGGUCUCGCUGGUCGUAGGGUCGUGAUCGAUAUUUCUGAUGAAGAGCCUGGCGAGGAAGAUGAUGAUAGCAAUGAUGACAAUGACAAGGAGAACCGUCAUUCUACUGGCCUCAAGCGCUUGCCUUUUGACCCCGUUCGUGAUGCGGCUGCCUCAAUGGACAAUGACGAGGAGGACAAGGAGAGCGUUGAUCCAGCCCUUCUUACUCGUUUGCCCUUUGAUCCCAUUCUCCCUCUGAAUCUAUUGACUCAGGGCUUUGCUGAGGAGGAUGUCACCGAUGCUGCUGUUACAUCAAACCGCGUCGUUUCUGGGGGUAAGGUCAAACCUGGCUAUACUCCGCAGGAGUUUAGUGAGGGAGUCAAAUCUGAGAAACAGGAUAGCAAGGUGGCUCUUGUUCCUGCGUCUUUCAUAUACGUGUCUUCAGAUGACGAAUCUUCGAAUGUCAAGAAAGACUCCAAGGCCAUUCGAGGCGGGGAUAAAAACAAGCCCUGUGACACCCUGAUCGACCUAACGCUGGCCGUUGAAUCCGAGAACGAAGAUACGAGCGAAGCCCCUGUUCCUGGGCCCUUUAUCUACAUCUCAGAUGAUGAGAGCGAUCUCAAAAAAGAAUCUCCUCCCUCCCCCAUCCAACCUACUUCAUCACCCCUAUCAUUCGCAUUUUCCCCCGAGAUGGACCGCGAGACCAAGCUGGUUCUCGCCACAAUCCAACUGCAGACAAACACGAUCGACGUUUUCCCUCGUAUGAUCGAUGCGGCGAUGGCUAUCACGGAUGAGAUUGAGGGCCUUAAAACCUCAGAAUCUACGAAGCCCCGUCUAACCCUCAAACUGAACCCUGCCUCCAGACCAACGGCGCGCUCCCCGUCCCUCUCCUCUAACGACACCGCAAUCGAAGACAUCGUGCAAAAGAUCGCCCAGGCAGAGAGAACCCUAGCGCAGAAAGUGUCCAAAAGCAAAAUGGUCAACUUGUCCAUUCGCCAGAAGCUUGCUGCAAUGCCGGAUCUGAGACCGCAGGUUGAGGCUAUGACGAACAACACCCCUUUCUCCCUUACCCGCGCUCAAGCAGAUCGUGCGGUUAAGGCUGCGAAUGAGGGUAUCGCUGCGCUUGGUGUACGUCAUCUCCCACCUUUCCGUUCUAUUAUCCAAGUCAAAUCACUAAAUCUUUACUGUGUUUAA